UCUAGUGCUCUGCUUAGACGUCAGCCAGCACCGGUUGGUUGUGAAAAGCCCGAACUGAUUUCUUUUUCCUGCUUCCCAUUAUUUUGGCUUAAUAAUGGCCAAAAGGAGCUCUUUGUUCAUUCGAAUAGUGGAAGGGAAAAAUCUACCAGCCAAAGACAUUACAGGCAGCAGCGACCCUUACUGCAUUGUGAAAAUUGACAAUGAAGCCAUUAUCAGGACAGCCACCGUGUGGAAAACUCUAUUUCCUUUCUGGGGCGAAGAAUACGAAGUCCACCUCCCCCCCACCUUCCACUGCGUGUCAUUCUAUGUCAUGGACGAAGAUGCACUCAGCCGGGACGACGUCAUCGGGAAGGUAUGCAUCACCCAAAGCCUGUUGGCUGAGCACCCAAAAGGCUAUAACGGCUGGCUGAACCUCACCGAAAUUGACCCAGAUGAGGAAGUUCAGGGGGAAAUCCAUCUCCAGAUUGAGAUCGUUGGCAGCGGUGCCGUGAGAAAGCUGCGCUGCACUGUGUUCGAUGCCAGAGAUUUGGCUCGGAAAGACAGAAACGGAGCCUCUGAUCCCUUCGUCAGAGUCCGCUAUAAUGGCAAGACGCAGGAAACUUUGGUGAUCAAAAAAUCUUGCUACCCAAGGUGGAACGAGACCUUUGAGUUCGACCUGGAUGAGUCAGCCGUGGAGAAGCUCUGCGUCAUCGAAGUCUGGGAUUGGGAUCUCGUCAGCAGGAACGAUUUUCUAGGGAAGGUAGUAUUCAAUGUCCAAGGGCUACAAGCGGUCCAACAAGAGGAAGGGUGGUUUAUGCUCCGACCGGACAAAUCAAAGCCAAGACGGGAUGAGGGCAACCUGGGCUCCCUACACCUCCAGUUGCAGCUUCGGGAUGAGACGGUGCUUCCGUCCAUCCACUACCAGCCUCUUGUCCAGCUUCUGUGUCAGGAAGUUAAAGCAGGUGCCCAGGGCGGGAAAGUCCAUUUAAUAACCCUGGUUGACGACACCACGACCGCCGAGUGCAGGCAGGAAGUUGCCGUCAACCUUGUCAAGCUCUUCGUGGGCCAAGGGUUGGCCAAAGAGUUCUUGGACCUCCUCUUCAAGCUGGAACUGGAUAAAACCGAUGAGCCAAACACUCUGUUUCGGAGCAACUCUCUGGCCUCUAAGUCAAUGGAGUCAUUUCUGAAGGUGGCAGGGAUGCAGUACCUCCACAGAGUCCUUGGGCCGACAAUCAACCGAGUGUUUGAAGAGAAGAGAUGCAUUGAGCUGGAUCCCAGCAAAGUGGAGAGCAAGGAUAUUGGCUGCUCCAGCCUCCAUCGGAUCCAGAGCGAAAGCGACGUCAUCCAGCAGAGCGCUCAGCACCUUCGGUCCUAUCUCGGCGACCUGCUUGGCACCAUCGCCAAGUCUGCCAAGGCGUGUCCCGCCAUCAUCCGCGCCACUUUCCAGCUGCUCUUCAAGAGGGUUGGGGAGCAGUUCCCCGAAGAGAAGGACCAGAACGUGAAGUUCAUCGCCAUCACCAGUUUCCUCUGCCUUCGCUUCUUCUCUCCGGCCAUCAUGUCCCCCAAAUUGUUCCACCUGCAGGAGAAGCAUGCAGAUGCCCGCACCAGCCGCACCCUCCUGCUCCUGGCCAAGGCUGUUCAGAAUGUGGGGAACAUGGACGCCGGUGUCAGCCGCACCAAGGAACCCUGGAUGGCUCCACUGCAGCCCACUAUCCAACAGGGCGUCACACAGAUGAAGCGGUUCCUCCUCCAAUUGAUUGACAUUGAGGAGAAAGAAGAAUUAGACCCGCAGAAGUCCCCCUCUCUGCAGACCCAGGUUGUGAAAGAAGGGCCUCUGUUUAUCUAUAAGGCCAGAAGCAAAGGCCCUCUCCUCUCAUCCUCCUUUAAGAAACUCUACUUCUCCCUAACCAGCGAAGCCCUCACCUGUGCCAAGACACCAAGCUGCAAGAAAAGCUCCUUCAUCACGCCAGCCAGCAUCCGGGCAGCCGAAAAGGUGGAGGAGAAGAGCUUUGGCAACUCUCACGUCAUGCAGAUAAUCUACGCCAACGAGGCCGGCCAGACGGACACAGCUUACCUGCAGUGCAAGUGUGUGAACGAGCUCAACCAGUGGCUGUCGGCCUUGCGGAAGGUUUGUGUGAACAACGCAGGGAUGCUGUGCUCCUACCACCCCGGCGUCUUCCGAGGAGACAAAUGGAGCUGCUGCCACCAAAAGGACAAAGGCGGACUGGGCUGUGACAAAACCAGGCAUGGAGUUACUCUGCGGGAAUGGAAUGACCCCUUGGAUCCCGACCUAGAGGCUCAGUUGAUUUUCCGACAUUUGCUUGGGGUGCGAGAAGCAAUGAGGGAAAAAUAUUUGGAACUGUCAACUGUGGAGAAAAAUGAAAAUCUUCAUUUGACCCAGAAUGAAGACCCUGAAAAUGCCGACGGACCUAGCCGGCUUUUCCAGGUGUUGCAAGAUCUUGAAGAAAUUCACAGUAAGGAGCUUUCCCGGUUGAGUGACUUGGCCAACCAGGACCGAAAUCAUCUUGUGGAACUGCAGACGUGACUCUUCGCACAGGCUAGGCCCACUUCUGCCUCCUUCGGGCAGUUCUGCUGCCAAACAUCUGAAAUAGAGGGUGUUUCUCCUCUUUCUGUCUCUUUCUCUCUCUCUCUGGACUUGUGAUCAUCUGAUGGGAUGGAAAUAGGAUAGAGUGGCCCUGAUUCUCAUAACCUGCAUCACCUUUCCUUUUGGGAACGGCUCUCCCUGCCCAAGUCCUCUGAACUCUGAAGACAAAACUGAGAUCAAUUUAAGAGUCCCAACACAAAAGCAUUCAUCUUCACCACUCUGAAAAACAGCAACUAUCGGGUUGCCUUAUUUCAAAAAUUUUGGUGCUUUUUUAAAGGAAAACCCGCUAUGUUUUUCUUAUGCCCUAAACAACUACUGUAAAAGUUCAGCCCCUAGCCUUAAUGGAACAUCAAAGCUGGUUGUUUUAUUGCCUGUGAUUGUCAUCCAGAACUUGGCAUUCUUGAGAACUGCAGAUUUAACUGUUUGAAAAGAAUAAGAAAAAGUAGGUUUCUAGACCUCAUGACAGAGGUGCUUUUGAAAAUUCAUACUGGUGGUCUACUGUGUUUGAGGGUGAAGCAGUGAGUGACCAGAAGACAAGGCCUUGGCGUUGUAGUGGAUAGCUCAAUCAAGAUGUUAGCCUAGUAUGUGGCAGCGUGAAAAAGGUAAAUUCCAUGCUAGGAAAGAAAUUGAAAAUAAAACUGCCAGUUAUCCUAUUGCUGUUAAACAUAUCUAUGGUGCGGCCACAUUUUGAGUGCUGUGUCGCCUCGCCUAAAAAGGAUAUCGUAGAGUCCGAAAACAUUCAGGAAAGGGAAAGCAAAAUUAUCAAGGGAAUUCUCUCUUUCAUUUCAAGAAAAGGCGAGCAAGAAGGUUCGCUUGAUGGAAGCAUAUAAAAUUCUGCAUGUCAUGCAGAAAGUGGAUAGAGAAAAGUUUUUCUCCCUCUCAUUAGGCUAGAACUUGUAGAUUCAGUGAAGCUGAAUGUUGGAAGGUUCAGAUAAAAGAAAGGAAUUCUUCAUGUGGCACAUAACUAAACUGUGGAACUCCCUUCAAAAGAGGAGAGGACUAUCAAUGCCUACUAGCCAUGAUGGUUGUUUAUCAUCCUCCACUGACGGAGGCAGCAGUGUUUCUGGAGACCAGUUGCUGGAAGCCACAGGAGGGGCGAGAGCUCUUGCGCUCGGACCCUGCUUCUGAGUUUCCCACAGGGAUCUAGUUGGUUGCUGUGAGAACAGGUUGCUGGGCUGUUCCAACAGGCUCUUCUUAGGUUCUCACGUUGCUCUUUAUUUCUUCCUUUUGUGGUCUUUCCACACGUACCCUUAGGCAGCUAGCAGUCUGAAUACUGGGAAAUGGGAGAGUGUGUCCUCUCAACUCCAUGGGAGUUCUUGCUGAUAUGAUGAGCAAUGGUCCUCCCAGAAAGGCCACAUUAUCUGGAAAAAGGGGUCCCCAGCUGGGAUUAAGGCCGGCCCUACCGUUGUCCAGGCCACUGCAGAUAACAGAUUGGAAUUAAAAGACAGAGCUGUCGAGAAAAGAGAGAGAACUGCAGCCUUGGCUUACAAGCUUAGAUGGCUUUAAAAGAGGCUUUGAGAAGUCCAUGGAGGAGAGGUCUACUAGCCAUGCUUAAAAGCAGUGUACCUCCCAAUGCCAGAUGUUGGUGACCUUGGACCAUGGAAGAGGGUUGUUAGCCUCAUAUCCUGUUUGUGGACUUCCUUGUUGGCCACUGUAGGGAAAUAGGGUGCUGGACCUGGUCUGAUCCAGCAGGACUUUCAUGACCUGAUUUGUAGUCUAUGGUUACUAUAAUAGGAGCAGAGGGGGAAACGGUGCCAUUCGAAUCUUCUGCCUCAAUCCUGCAAAUACCUCUGAGCUAGACUAGGUGGGAUGUAUAUAUUUCCAAGCUCAGCAGUAGCUCUAGCUACGGGAGGAAUUGUAAAAUUAUAUAAUUUGCAUGCAAUAAAACACAUGAGUAUAUGCCAUUGCACGGGACAGAAUAGUUGAAUGGAGGGUGUUGUUGGACUCCAACUCCCAUCAUCCUUGACCAUCAUCUGGGCCUGAUGGGAGCUGGAGUCCAACAACAUCCAGAGGACCACUUAUUCUUUAUCCCUGGAAUGGCUGUUUGAUCUGUCUGGACAGCUGUUCCUCCAAGCCAGCAGCUACUCUUGAUGUAGAAUAAAGUCUCUUUUAUCACA